CAGCAUUAAACCGGCCAGGAUACUUUUGUCAACAGGAUUCAAAAUCAGAGACUGGAAAUCACUUCGGCUGAAGAAAUUAUCACUUGCACUGUUUUAACUGUUUUGGAGGAAACAAACUUCUUACAGAGUGGGACGCCAUGCAGCACUACGGGGUGAACGGCUACUCUCUGCACGCUAUGAACUCUCUGAGCGCCAUGUACAACCUGCAUCAACAGGCCGCACAACACGCGCAGCACGCACCAGACUACAGGCCUUCAGUGCACGCGCUCACGCUUGCGGAAAGACUGGCAGACAUCAUCCUGGAGGCUCGCUAUGGCUCUCAGCACAGAAAACAGCGACGCAGCCGCACUGCCUUCACCGCCCAACAGCUUGAAGCGCUGGAGAAAACCUUCCAAAAAACUCACUACCCAGAUGUGGUUAUGCGUGAACGACUGGCCAUGUGCACCAACUUACCUGAAGCUCGUGUCCAGGUAUGGUUUAAAAACCGACGUGCAAAGUUCCGCAAGAAGCAACGUAGCCUGCAGAAAGAGCAGCUUCAGAAGCUAAAGGAAGUUGGGCAGGAAGGCUCUCUGGAGGAAGGAAAAGAGGAAGCCCCGCCUGCUGAGUCUCAAGCCACGCCUUCUCCAUCAGUAGGGGGUAACCCCACAUGUCAACCUCCUUGUGAUCUGAGUGAAGAGGUGAAUGUCACUUCACCGGAACAGUCAGGGGCGGAGUCUGGGACUGAGGACUUGACUGACAGAGAGGAUGAAUCUCUGUCUUUCCACAAUGAAACUAAAACGAAAGAGGAGGGGCCAACCAUGAUGACAGAUUCACCCAAUAGUUGCAAGCCAGUGAGCCCCAAAUCAGACAUGCCACUCAGCUCUCCAGCUAUGCCGUCAUCCAGCGGCGUCGGAACGGCUCACUCCAAUUCCUAUGCAUCGUCCCCUCUCAGCCUGUUUCGCUUGCAGGAACAGUUUCGCCAGCACAUGGCCGCCACCAACAAUCUCAUGCACUAUCCCGCCUUCGACAUGACCACGCCUUCCACCUUACCCUACCUGAACAUGACCUCGCCGCUGGGAUCGCUCCCCUGUCAGUCCUACUAUCAGUCCCUGUCUCAAGCCCAGCAGAUGUGGAGCAGUCCUCUGCUGCAGGCCUCCGGGGGUUUGCCAGCCCUAAACAGCAAAACUACAAGCAUUGAGAAUCUGCGUCUGAGGGCGAAGCAGCAUGCUGCUUCACUCGGCUUGGACACGCUACCAAACUGACCGCAGACCUGUGGAAAUGCACGGAUUUGUGCAAUCGCUGUGGCAGAAAAACAUUGUGUAUGUGAACGUCUUGUAUUUGGGAUCUACAUCAUAUUGGCGUGGAUGAACUGGAGCAUUAUUAUACUGUAGCAUGGCCGAUUGGAGGUGUUUGGACUACGGGUUGUGAUUGUUGCUAUAAGAAAAAAACAUUAGAGAACAAUAUUGGUCUGCAUGGCAGGGGUAUUGGACCCUUUUAAACACUCUUGGCUUUGCACUUCGAAACAUAUAAAAAAAGCACAUGAGUGUCUCCAGUUCAUUUAAAUCUAUAAAUAAUCUCAUUCAGGUCCACCGCCCCAUUAAGAAGUUUAAAUCUGCAGUUUGUCUGUUUGAAGAGAUGUUUAUAUGGAAAGUGAAGCACAUGAAUGCAAAAGACUGCAGAUUCAGAACUAC